CAAUGAAGAAGAGGAGGAAGUUCAGAAGACUCGACAGGCUGCGGUAGGGACCCGUUGAUUGGCAACGUAAAGUAAAAUUUUGACACGCCCCCCGUUAUGGACGCUUAUGUACCAACCAUAGUCUCUAUGUGAGAACGAAAGGACUUGAGGAUUCAAAGAUGAAGCUGAUGAAAGACACGGAUGAGGCCCUCACUACCUUGGGAUGGAUGCUGCUGCCCAACGUCGGAGGAAUGGCAGGCAAUUACAUAAUCUCUUCCAAGUGCGGCCGCUUCGAGAGGCUUCCAUCGCGUCCUGUAUUCCCGUCGGGUACUCUUCAGAUUGCCCUUUGGACCUCCUUCAACGUAGGUAUGGGGUACGCUGCCUUCCUUGUCUAUCGCGACGGCGGGGGUCUACAUGGAGCAGCCCGACUUCCGAUGGCAGCGUACGCAGCGAGUCUCUGUUUCAAUUGGGCCUGGCCUCCCCUCUUCUAUGACAAGCUUAAAUUUUCGGUGGCCCUGAUCGAUAUUACACUGCUGUCUGGCACGGUGGGACUCCUGGGUCAUAUGUACCGCCCAAUCAACGAUACGGCCUCCAAGAUCAUGAUCCCCUGCUUCCUUUGGAGUCUAUGGGUGACCAUGUACAACAUGCGGGUGUGGAGAUUCAUAGCCAAAACGCACAGAGAGUGAAACGGCAGAACCUAUGCGACUUGAACCCAGGCGAAAACAUCGGUUCUAACUCUA